ACACAAUAUUACGAACUUGACAAUUUGCUGCAUUAAUCAUGACAACCGCCCACAGACCCACGUUCGAUCCCGCCAAGGGAAAGGAAGCAAAUCGAGGACCAGCAUAUCAUCAGCGUCUCUUACCAGCUCAUACUCAACUCAAAGUCCGACAACCAGGACAAGGAGGAGACGCAGAUCAUCAAGUCCGCGACCUACGAGCAGAGUUACUGCAGGCUGAAGCUGCACAUUUCGCAAAGGUUAGAGGUGGACCUGCUCUAGUGGCAGAUACUCCAGAGCCUGCGACGAAUUCAUCCAAGAGACAGCUAGAGAAUGGAGAUGCCGAGGAAGAGGAUCCCGAGGCGAAGCGGAGACGAAUAUUAGAGGAGUCGAGGGAUAUUGAUGCAGAUUCGGAAGAGGAUGAAGAAGAGGAUAGCAGUGAGGAUGACAGUGACGAUGAAGAUGAAACAGCCGAGCUGCAGCGAGAACUAGAGAAGAUCAAGCGCGAGAGAGCAGAGAAGCGGGAGCAAGAGGAACGAGAGAAGGCGGCAGCAGAAGAGGCUGAACGGGAGAAAGACAUUGCUCUCGGCAACCCUUUACUGAACCCCAAAGCCGAUUUCAAUGUGAAGCGGAGAUGGGAUGACGAUGUGAUCUUCAAGAACCAGGCUCGCGGGACGGAAGAUAAAGGCAAGAAGAAGGAAUUCGUCAAUGAUCUCCUUCGAUCAGAUUUCCACAAGCGGUUCAUGAGCAAGUACGUCAGAUGAGCAGCAGAUAGAGAGAUCUUGGUUCCGUCGAGCGGCGUUGAUCUGGGUCAGCCGGAGAGGUUUAGUGGGGAAGGUUUGUUGUUUGGCGUUGGACCCUAAAGCUUCACCUCCAGCUGAAUUCAAAGCUUAGAUGAAUCUGGGAGGUGGAUCCAGGUCAUUUUCAGCAUGGCUUGCAGAAGAAUUCAAUCUGAUACUGGAUCAGCUGAACAGUCGAAAUUACUCUGCAGUUGCAUUUGCAUCUGCAUAGAAUAAUGCAAACCCAUAUCGAAGUCUCAC